GAGGCCGAGCGCGGCCUAGCGGCGAAGCGGGGCCGGGCCGGGCGAUGUGGGCAGCGCUGGGCAGGCUCGGGGCGGCGCCAGCCCCGCUCCUCCGGCUCCUUCCUCACGCCCUGCCCGUUGGGGUUUCCCCCUGCUGGGUCUCCUUCCGGCCUGGAGCAGGAUCCGAGGCCCGUGGGUGCUGGUUCUGCGUUAGCCCCGGGCUGGGGCCUGCUGGCGCCUCACGGGCCGAGCUGUGGGCCACAGGAGUCUUCACCAUAGCCCACGUUACCAUGGCCACCCAGGUCUUCAAGGAGCAAGGGGAGCGAAUCAAGUGUGUUAAGGGAGACCUUUUCUCGUGCCCCCAGACGGACGCCUUGGCUCAUUGCAUCAGUGAGGACUGUCGCAUGGGCGCAGGCAUAGCUGUUCUUUUUAAGAAAAAGUUUGGGGGUGUCCAGGAGCUGUUGGAUCAACAAAAGAAAACUGGAGAGGUGGCAGUUCUCCAAAGAGAUGACCGGUAUAUUUACUACCUGAUUACAAAGAAGAAAGUUUCUCAUAAGCCCACUUAUGAGGAUAUGCGGAAGAGUUUAGAAGCCAUGAAAACACACUGUCUAAACAACGGAGUUACGGACAUUUCCAUGCCCAAGAUCGGGUGUGGACUUGACCGCUUGGAUUGGGAUAAAGUUUCAGCAAUACUUGGGGAGGUGUUUGAAGACACAGAUAUAAAGAUUACGGUUUACUCUCUGUGAGCAAGAGAGUUCAAAGAUGGCCUCGUUUCCCUUGCUUUCAGGAAUGGCAACUUCUUAACUUGAUGAGGGGGGGAAACUGCAUGCUGAGCACAUUCUUCUGAGCAUAGCUCACUCUGUGUUGGCAGUGGCAGUGGCUUAAUAGGAAAACAAAAAGAACAAAAGCCCCAGAGCAGCUAAUUUAGGAUGCUAUGUUUAGGGAGCCUGUGUUGAAACCUCAGGGAGUUCCUGGUCUGUCCCAGGAAGCCACCAGAUGUCACUGGUCCUCCACAGAGCACCUGGCUGCGCCCUGGAGCUUCUGUUGAAAGCAGCCGGUUCCUGUGCAGAGUGAAAUCGGAGCUGCCUGCUGCUGCUUAGGUAUUAGCUGAUUUGUUCUGGUUCGUAACGAUGAGCUGUGGAGCCCUGCCAUUUCUGUUUCUUUAAAGUUUUGCUGUGUUCACAUAUAGUAUAAUUACACGAGAUUAAAAAUUAAUUUUUUA